UCCUUUCUCUACACAUAAAAAUCGCUCCUCCUUCAAAGCUCCUUCUUUCUCCAGCGAAGAAAAAACGAAUCCAUCUCUGAAGAAAUCUGAAAAUUCCAAUCAUGUCUUGUGCCGUUGCAGUUGCAAGCUCUCCUGCUUUCUCCCCUUCUAGAAUCUCCCUCUUCUGCAAGAACGCUUCUUCUCCAGAAACCCUAACCCUAAUCGGAUCUCCUUCUUCUUCGUCUUCUUCGUGUUCCUCUCCUUCAUCUUCUUCUUCUUUUCGGCUCCGAUGUAUUCAGAAACAAGCAAGCGGUUUUAGGGUUUGCAGGAAAGAUGCCGCUGCUGUUGUCGAAUCCGCUCCUUCUUCUUCACCGGCUCCGCUUCUGAAGCGAAAGAGGCCUGCGCGGAUCGAUAUCCCUUCCCUGCCUUCUUUGAGCUUUACACCACCUUCAGAGGGAGGUUUGAAAGAGAUCGAGAUGGAGAGCGAGCGGUAUUCGUUUUUCUGUAAGAAAGGUCGGAGGGAAGUGAUGGAAGAUCGGCAUGCUGCCAUCGUCGAUCUUGAUGGAGAUCCCAAACAGGCCUUUUUCGGUGUUUUUGAUGGGCAUGGAGGCACAAGAGCUGCUGAGUUUGCGGCAGUGAAUUUGGGUAAGAAUAUCAUGGAUGAAGUGAUGAAAAGAGGAAGUGAUGGGAUGGAGGAUGCUGUUAAAAGUGGUUAUGUGACAACGGAUGCGGAGUUUCUGAAGGAGGAUGUUCGAGGCGGGACUUGCUGCGCAACCGUACUGAUUAGCAACUCUGAUCUUGUUGUAUCCAAUGCUGGGGACUGUCGUGUUGUUAUGAGUCGAGGUGGAGUUGCUGAGGCCCUCACGGUCGAUCACCGGCCUUCAAGGGAAGAUGAGAGAAACAGAAUUGAGGCCCUGGGGGGCUAUGUUGAUUGCAACCGUGGUGUUUGGAGAUUACAAGGGUCGCUAGCUGUAUGUAGAGGGAUUGGUGAUUCACAUCUUAAGAAAUGGGUAAUUGCAGAGCCUGAGACAAAGAUUCUUAGAAUCAAGCAUGACUGUGAAUUCCUAAUUCUAGCUUCAGACGGACUUUGGGAUAAGGUUAGCAAUCAGGAGGCAGUUGAUAUUGCUCGACCCUUUUGCACAGAUGCUGACUCCCCAUCGCUGCUCUCCGCAUGUAAGCAGCUUGCGAGCUUAUCUCUGACUCGUGGGUCUGCAGAUGACAUCAGUGUGAUGAUAAUCCAGUUGGGGCAGUUCAUUUGAAGGAGCAGCAAGCUUUCAUUGAUUGGCUUAGAUAAUGAUAUUUGGUCAACAGCGAGCUUUCAUUGAUUGGCCUAGAUAAUGAGAUUUGGUCAACUUUGAUGAGAGUAGUGAAUGCCAGCGGUAGGAUUCAAUUUUCAUUGCAAGUGUUUUUUUCAAGAAACUUGCAAUUGUGGAUGACAAGGGCAUUGCUUCUAAACUGGGGUGGUUUCCUACCCUUUGUUGUGUUAAUUGAUGACGAGGAUGAUGAAGAAGUCCUCGAUGAAGACCCACACGGUGCCUGACAACUAAGUUCUGUAGUGUUUUUCAAGAAAUUGCAAUCAUGGAUGACAAGGGCUUUUGCUUCUAACUGGGGUUGUUUCCAACUGGUUGUUGUGUAAAUGUUGAUGAUGACGAAGAAGACGAUGAAGACCCACAUGGUCGAUGACAGCCUAGUUCUUAAUACUAGUUCUCCUUGAUGUUUUGUUUCUAACACCUCGAGUAGCAGUGAAAUGGCUUAAUUACAAUGUUAUAGAUUGUAAUUUUUAAUAUAUUGUAGAUUAUAAUGCUUAAAAAAUCAUGACAGCUCCAUUUUGCUA